AUGACUUCAUUAUCGCAGCAGCAGCAAAAGGUCUUUCUUACAGAGAUUUCGCAUGAGAUUGCUACAACCUUGCAAGAUUUUCCAUCUCAACAGGGCACGCGAGAGAAGCUGUUGUGGCUGUCUGAGCAGCUCAGAUCUUCCCUCGAAACACCGAGCGACGCUAUUCAGAGGAUAGGCUGGACAGAACCUGCUCGAUUCGCUUGCACGCAAAUCGCCAUUGAUCUCAACAUUUUCGGCAUACUAGCACAAAGUGCUAGUGCUGUGACUCUUGCAGAAAUCGUGCAGCAGACGGGAAAAGAUGUUACACUUCUAUCUCGGGUACUCAAGCAUCUGGCCGCAACAAAUAUGAUCUCCGAGAGUGCUGCAAACCAAUACAAAGCCACGUCAUUGAGCACCGCGUUGGUCGAGCCCAAGUACCGCGAUGGCAUCACGUAUCUUCGCAACGUCGCAGGACCCUCAUUCCACGGCAUUCCAGACUACUUGAAGCAGACAGACUAUCAGCACCCAACGAAUAUCGCCGACGGACCAUUCCAGUUCGCACAUAAGACGCAAAAGCCCUUCUUCAUAUUUCUUGCAGAAAACCCUGAGCUGGCACAGCAAUUUAAUAACUACAUGAGUGGGUACCGCCAAGGGAAAAAGAGCUGGUGCGAUGCAGAUUUCUAUCCGCUGGAGACCCACCUAAGCGUGGACUCAGCAUCCACCCUGCUCGUUGACGUCGGCGGCGGCCUUGGGCAUGAUCUUGAAGAGCUAAGAUCAGAGUAUCCCGCGCUUCCAGGUACUCUGGUGCUGCAAGAUCUGCCGGAUGUGAUCAAGCAGGUCGGUAGCGACCAAAAGACAUUCGAGCUGAUGGCUCACGAUUUUUUUACAUCACAGCCAGUUCAGGGUAGACAUCCUUCGCAACUUGACAAGAAAACUGCUAAGAUGAUGCAAAUAGGAGCAAGAGCAUACUACCUCCACUCAGUCCUCCACGACUGGGAUGACGCCUCAUGCCUCAAGAUCCUCAAAAACCUCGUCCCGGCUCUCAAACCCGGCUUCUCAAAGAUUCUCAUCAACGAAUACGUCGUACCUGAUCAGGGCGCUGCAUCUUCAAUCACGUCAAUGGAUUGGCUCAUGUUGGCACUGGGUGCCGUUAAAGAACGAACCGAGGCACAGUGGCGAGAGCUGCUGGCGCAGGCGGGAUUGAAGAUCACAAGGAUCUAUACGUACGAGCAGGGUACUGAAAGCCUUAUCGAGGCAGAGCUGGACAACACACUCGCUAAUGGUGCAAAAGAGACAACCAAAGCCGAUGGGAGACCAGCAACGUCCACUAAUGCCUCUGUACCUGCCAAUCAACUUUACCACCAUUUCAUAAAAGCUUACUUCCGCCACACUAUCAACAUGGAAGCCCUCACAACACUCUCGCGAUUGUCCCUGUGUCCCUUGAGCUUUGCAAGCUCGAGCGCUGCGUGCCGAGUAUUUCAGUACCCUUCCCGAACUCAGGACAACACCCAAUUCACUCUCAUCGUCUUCCCAGAACAACCAUCACACCCUCAAAACCCUACUCAACAAAUUUCCCAACCUCCCCCAUCCACCAUGAAGAACAUCCUCAUCGCACUCCUCACCGGCACCAGCCUCAUCACAGCAAGCCAAGCCUACGUCGCCGAACUGUACACCAAAAAAGGCUGCACGGGCGCCGUCGCCAAACGAAAUGUCUACGACAACACGUGCGCCUACACCGGCGGUUUCCAAUCUUUCAAACUCACGACCAAAGGAGGAGAGGGGCAGCGACUGAAUGCCUAUUCUCGGAACGCCUGCGCAGGGCCCGUGACGUAUGAUGCCUGUGCGGGAGGGGAUGACUCCAUGCCGUUGAAUGUAUGCCAUCAAGCGACGGAUGCUGAUGGUGGCUCGAAUGCGCUUAGCUCUUAUUAUAGCUUUGGGGAGACGGAUUGUUUGUCGUAG